AUGAGAUGUCUUUUCAAACCUCGUUAUUAUUGCACGCUCCUCACUGCUCGUCGACUGACAGUGGCAGCAUUAGAGAGGCAAGGGAUCCCUGUCGUUAGGAUAGCGCAGGGGACAGCUGCUCAUCAGAAGCACUAUGUCCAUCGUAAUCUCAUCCUUAACUGGGAUCAACUCUCUACACUGGAUGAGAAUGCACCAGUCAUGUGCGGCAUCAGUGUGGCUGGCAAGGCGGAAGUUGUUGGUUGGGGUAUGCUCACAACAGGUCCUACUGCUAGGUCUUUUGCUCUGAGGGUAAUGCAUGAUACAACACUGGACGGCUCUCUUGGUGCUGAUCCCUUUGGAGAUCCUCUGGAGGCUAUCUCACAAUGGUUCGCUGGAAGGCUAGUACAGGCAAUGGCUGCACGCAUGCACAUGUUGGAUACAUCCAUCCGGCGCUGUUAUCGGUUAUUGAACUAUGAAGGUGACGGGUUGACUGGUGUUGCCUUGGAUGUCUAUGAGCAUAUAGCGGUGGUCUACGUGAGUGCUCAGUGGGUGUGUUUGGAAGGAUUGAAAGAGAGGUUAGAGGGAAUAGUCCUUGGAGAAGUACCGCAAGUCGAGCGAGUCCUGUGGAGAUUCCGUCGCGAUCUACUUGCUGCUGAUGGCGGUGGCGGCGAUGGCGAUGGCGAGGCGAAAUCUGAUGAUUCGGUGAUUCUCACAAUCGAGGAGAAUUCGUUGAAGUUUUCCGUGGAGGUUGGUGGUGGGAAGAAGACUGGAUGGUUCUUAGAUCAAUCCGACAAUCGGAGGAAGUUAAUGGAGUAUGUUAGGAUGAAUAAAGUGGACAGUGUUGCUGAUCUAUGUUGCUAUACGGGUGCUUUUGCCAUUCAUGCUGCAGCUGGUGGAGCAAGGAGAGUAGUUGGUGUGGACAUCCAGGAAAAGAGUAUAACCAAUGCGAAGGUCAAUGCUGACCUUAAUGGGAAUAAUAUUGCUUCUAAGAUCGAUUGGCUCACAUCAGACGUAGGGGAUUUCUGUCGUAAUGGAGGUACCGAAGAAUUCGAUCUGAUCAUCCUGGAUCCUCCGAAUAUCGUAAAAGGUGGUCGCGGUGAUGACCACGGUCUGCGGGCACUCCGCAAGCUUACUGAACUCAGUCUUGGUAGAAUUAAUAAAUCGAAAGGAGGCUGUCUGUGGGUAUUCAGCUGCUCUCAUGAGUUGUCGAAAGAGGGAGUGUUAGAGGAAGUAGUGGGAGGUGCUGCAGUGCGAUCCGGCAGAAGAGUAAGAAUCGCUGAGCAGUUGGGAGCUAGUGUCGACCACAUGUACUCUCCCUAUCACGCUAAUAGCAAGCACUUGAGAGGCCUUGUGGUCAUGGUUGAGCCCGAGGCAGCAGCGAAGUGCAACAGUCACAUGCAGUUCCAAUGA